AUGGAAACAGGUGUAUUGACUCAGUUCGAUAGGGAUGUCUAUCAGGCGACAAGAGGGAUCUUUGUAGACGAGAAAGCCAAAACCAGAAAACUCAAAAGUUUGAAACGAUAUAUUAGGGAGCAUCCAGGGGACAGAAGCUGGGUGCUGCAGCUUAUGACCCAGUACGGCGCCAAGACCAUUCAUCAGUCAAUAUUGAAGCUCUUGUCCGAUGCGGUAUACGAGUCGAAAUUGAUCGCCAGCCAACGGUUCCCUGAUCUAUUUGAGCCUUCCGUAGCCCAAAACGAAGCUAGGACUCUGUUGGAAGAAGAAGUGACCAGGCCCGAACAACCUGCGCUCGAAGACUUUCACCAAACCCACGGCGAUGACACCCAAGGAAACUCGGAAUUGACAGAAGCCACGGCGGUCCUGAACGGUAUCAACGACAGCAGUGCAAGAAACGACGUUGGUAACUCAUCAGUGCUUCCAGUAUACCUGCCAUUCCCUGCGGAACACAUGCUUAUGGAGAAAAUACAAAAGACCCUGGAACUUGCUUGCUAUCAGUUUGGGUUGAGAGCUCUUCCAAUUGUGAUGCAGAAACAAGGCUGGGAUUGCCCGGAAUCGGUAGAGCUUAGCAAAUGGGCAAAGCUUUUCGGACGUAAGGGAAAUCUAGUUUGGGAAGGGGACGGUAAGCCCUCAAAAGAACUAUUGCAAUCUAUCGCAGCAAUCAGGCACACCACUGUUCAUCGUCUACGUACCAAUUCAGCGGGACUAGAACGAUUUCUCGCUGAUGCAGAAAAUCUUGCUGGAUUUCUGGGAGACAACAAAUUUACACAGGCCAUCUCUCAACUACGACUAGAAACUCAGGCAACUCUGACUGAACUUGUACGGAACAAGCAGUUUAGCCAGGUGCAACUGGAAAAGGCCCAAGAAGAAGUAGCAAGGCAGCGUGCUGAACUUGAUAAGAAGGAGCACGAGAUCCUGCGCCAUAUGGCAAGCGAGGAUAGAAAGUACAGUGAACUAGCAGGAGAGAGGUUGGAAAGAGCUCUGGAUCUUAUGGGAGACUUGAAAGUAGCUUCAAAUGGUCAAGUUGCAGUGCUGGAAAACGUUGACGAUAUUGAGGACGACCCUGUUUCUGAUGACGACAGCGACUCCGAUCACGAAGAGCAAUUUGAAGACUGUAGUGAGACAUAA